UUCUUCAUAAAUUUCCCCAUCUUUUUGUUUUUUCUGAAAACUCGAAUAUUAUUUUCCUUCAGAAAAUUUUAGAUCAUAAUCUUUUUUUUUUUUUUCCUGCUAUUUUUUUUAAUGACAAAAUUUAUGCAAAUGGUGCAGAGUUGAGGACUUUCUACUUCUUGCUUCAUGCUCAGCUUCUCAAGCUUUGAAUUUGUUUUUUCAGCUUAAAUUUUUCAUCUUUUUUUUUUUAGUCUUAACAAAAAAAAUCCCAGCAUAGCAGUGGAGUUUUUGGUUUUGGUUUUGGUUUUUGGGUGAUUGAGUUUGAAGAAGAAAAUGAGACGUUGAUGUGUGGUUUAUGUUACGUGUGACUGACUUCAUAAGUGUUUGAACAUGGAGGCCAGUGGUGGCGUUAGUGGUGGCGUUACGGUGGUUGGAUCGGAUGCUCCGUCGGACUACCAUGUAGCUCCGAGGACCGACAACCCAGCUCCGACAGGUGGAUCGACGACACAGAUUUCGGCGACGGCAACCCAAGUGAGUGCUCCUCCACCGCCGCCGCAUACGGCGGCGGUGGCAGCGUCUCCGGCAGCCGCAAAUAUGCCGGUGAAGAAGAAGAGGGGUCGGCCGAGAAAGUAUGCACCGGACGGGUCGGUGACCAUGGCGCUGUCUCCUAAGCCUAUAUCUUCUUCAGCUCCGCUGCCGCCGGUGAUCGAUUUCUCGGCGGGGAAGCGCGGAAAAGUGAGGCCCGCUAGCUCAGUGAGCAAAGCCAAAUUUGAGUUGGAGAAUUUAGGUGAAUGGGUUGCAUGCUCAGUUGGUGCUAAUUUUACACCCCAUAUCAUCACUGUUAAUUCUGGGGAGGAUGUUACUAUGAAGGUAAUAUCUUUUUCUCAGCAAGGGCCUCGAGCUAUAUGCAUUCUUUCAGCAAAUGGUGUCAUAUCAAGCGUCACACUUCGUCAGCCUGAUUCUUCUGGGGGCACAUUGACAUAUGAGGGAAGGUUUGAAAUUCUGUCUUUAUCUGGCUCAUUCAUGCCAAGUGAAAGUGGAGGAACAAGAAGCAGAUCUGGUGGCAUGAGUGUUUCUUUAGCAAGUCCUGAUGGACGUGUUGUAGGUGGGGGAGUAGCUGGUCUUCUAGUGGCUGCAAGUCCUGUGCAGGUCGUGGUAGGUAGUUUUCUGGCUGGAAACCAACAUGAGCAGAAGCCAAGAAAACAGAAACAUGAGGUUAUAUCAACUGUGACACCAACUGCAAUUGUUCCCAUCUCUACUCUUGACCCAAUACCUAUUCUCUCAUCAUCAACUUCCUUCCGUGGAGAUAAUUGGUCUGCUAUGCCAGCAGAUGCCAAUAAUAAGCCAACUGAUAUUAAUGUGUCACUUCCUGGAGGGUAAUUGAUAGUGCUUUGUCCCUUCUGCAUUUAUAUUUGCCCCUGACAUCGUUGUAAUGGGAUCCCUAUUUGUUGGCUCGCGUUCCCUUGUUUGUUGUGUCUGUAAGCUUAUUGACUUUGUAUCAGGACCAUUGUGUUUUCAGAGGUUUACUAGGUUCUUGUCCACGUAGAAUUUGAGUUAGCUGAUUAGAUAUGCUUUUAAUGCUGAUGUUGUGUCAUGAAGAAUAUUUUUAUGUAAUAGUUAUUCCUGAAAAUCCACCUUUCU